AGCUCAUCUGUCACUUCAAGGACAACGUUAACCGAAUGGGGUCUUUUCCAACCGUGGAGGAGAACUCAGAUUGUCUCACGGUCAUGUAACGUUAUUGUUACGGUAUCUAAUAUAAAACUUUUACCCCUAUUUUUUGCCUUGGUACCUCUGCGAUACCAAGAAGCAACAGCGGGCUCUGGCUUCAACUGUGAUGGACAGCAGAACGAGUACCAUCGCCGCCGGCGUGUGCGGUGCGCUAUUCCUGGGUUACUGUAUCUACUUCGACAGGAAACGAAGGAGUGACCCCAACUUCAGGCAAAAGCUUCGGGAACGGAGAAGACAACAGAAGACCUCCGGUGAUCAAGCAGGGCUGGCCAGGUUGCCCGACCUGAAAGAUGCCGAGGCCGUUCAGAAGUUCUUCUUGGAGGAGAUCCAGUUGGGAGAGGAGCUGCUGGCUCAGGGUGACUACGAGAAGGGUGUUGAUCACCUGACCAACGCCAUCGCCGUGUGCGGGCAGCCCCAGCAGCUGCUGCAGGUGCUCCAGCAGACACUCCCCCCGCCAGUGUUCCAGAUGCUGCUCACCAAGCUGCCCACCAUCAGCCAGCGUAUCGUGAAUUCCCACACCUCUCCUGAUGAUGAUGUGGAGUGAGCAGAAUUACCUCCUGAUACAUGAUCAAUGUAUCUGAUUUAUAAGUUUUUAUUUUCCCCCUCAUCUCUUCACUGCCUCCCAAGAUCCUCACAAAUUGAUGAACCCAUCCAUCCCCGUCUCCUCCCAACACCCCCACAAAAUAUAAAAGAUCAGUCCAUGGACGUAACACUCAUUACGAAGUAGUAGGAUCAUGUUGAGUUGCACUGUUCUAUCUGAAGGUCUUAACCUCCCCUAUGGUUUGUACUUGUUCAUAUGGAUGUCAAUGGAUAUGUCUGUCUUUCGCUUCGUUUAAGAACAAGUGUUUUGACACAAACUCCACGAUUGCUACUGUGACAGCCCUGUACCAUAUCAAGGGGCUAGUUUGAAGUUUCUGUCAUUCUUUUGUCCAGUGACAUCAAAGAGUGCAAUACUUUCUGCCAUAUGCAUGAAGUUGUGGGUCUGACUCCCACUGCCAGUUCUACUCCAUGGUCACCAUAGCAGCUGUUUACAUCAUCUUUUUUUAUUACCAGGACAACGAUGACUACUAAAUACCGGUCAUUGACAAAUAAGAACACAUCUGUGAAAGGAACACAGACUAUGCUGGCCUUUGUCCAGCUGUUUGUACUUAAGUUAUUAGUUUGAACACGGCAAGGCAUUUGAGUGUUUUCUCUGUAGGAGGACUUGUUAUUGAUGGGUCAUGUUAAGGAACGUUGCCCUGUUUUUAUUUUUACCAAAAAAUAAAGGAUUGAGCUGAAA